CGGUGCACUUCGCUCGUUCAAAUUGAAAUCACCCUAAAGAUCCAAUAGUUUACAAAGUUCAACGCUUACCGAAAUAAGUGUUCAGUGUGUUCUACCCCGAAUAAAAAGAACUUGUGUUAUUGUGAGGACGUUCGAGUGUUACUGGAUACUCCCAAAACUGUUGAAAAAGUGAAUUUAAAAAAAAUGGUGAACAUGGAGGGCUCGAGUGAGCAGCAGACAGUGACGGCCUCGCCACCCCCGCGGGCCACCCUAAAAAGCAACUUCAGCAUCAGGAGUAUAGUCCCCGAGGCAUGCGCCGGUACCCCAUCAGCCCCAACGAUCAAUCAGCCCUCAAUGUCACCAACGGUCUCCCACGCCGAUGACAGCGACGACUCGAGCGACCUAGACGUAACUGGCGACGGUGCAGAGACACCGCCACUCGACUGUUCUCGCAAUGCAACAAGCGAGAGCCCCUCGAGCCAGCAAAAUCAGCAGACUGAGGAGAAGAAGAAGAACGAAAAGCCCCCGUACAGUUACAACGCCCUCAUAAUGAUGGCAAUCCGCCAGAGUCCUGAGAAACGUUUGACAUUGAACGGCAUCUACGAGUACAUAAUGCGCCAUUUUCCCUACUACGAGACCAACAAGCAAGGCUGGCAAAACUCGAUUCGUCACAAUUUAUCCCUCAACAAGUGUUUCGUUAAAGUACCACGUCAUUACGACGACCCGGGAAAGGGUAACUACUGGAUGUUGGACCCGAGCUCCGAGGACGUGUUCAUUGGUGGUACAACCGGCAAGUUGAGGCGGCGAACGACAGCGGCUUCGCGAUCGCGGCUGGCAGCUUUCAAGAGGAGUGUUGUGCUUGGUGGGCUUUACCAGACGCCUUAUGCGCCACCGGUGUGGCCAGCAUCGCUCUACUCAUUGCCUUAUCUCCACAGGGCUGGGUAUCCACCGGCGAGCGGUGCUUAUCCAACACCAGCAGGCUACCCCGCUAGCUUGUUGCCUGGCUCCACCAGCAUGCCCUGCAAGCCCCAGGCGGUGCCAGCCACUGCGGCUCCACCGAGUCACGGAGCUUUCUCCAUGGAGAGACUUCUUCAGGCACCAACGGGCUAUCCCAGCGGUCUACCAGCCCCCGCCAUGCCUUCCGCUGCCAAUCCCUACGAUUUCUACACCACUCUGAGAAAUCUUGCCGCCCAUCAGCAGCAUCAGGCUGUCUUCGGCCAGCCGAGGUACCACUUGGGCCAGCAUCAUCUCCCGAGUCAACCAACGUCCACGACAGCAUCGCCUGGAAGCAGCCCGGAACCAAUGUCUCCGCACUCACCACCAACCUCCGCCUGCAAUUCCGUCGGCCAGAGCAGGCCCCAUGCUCACAGUCCACCGAUGCUACUUCUCAAACCCAUCACCGUUCUCACUGGGAGACAGAGCUGAAUCUCAACGGGUCCACGAGUUACCGCUACCAGUGAUUAAAUUUUUUGUAUACUUUUCUUUCUUUCUUGUUGCUCUCGAGGAAGAGGGGUGAGGGAUCUCGUAGUCCUUGUAUGGCCACAUAUGGGGUCUCUACGGGCGAUCUCAUGGGGUUUGCUUAGAGUAUCAGGACCCCGGGAAUUUAAUAGAUGUGGGGUUAAAAUAUUUCCGAAUUACCAAAUUUCGAGGCGUUUGGGUUAAAUGCACAAGUGGAGGCCUCUCCGAGUGAUGAUAAUGGUUUAGAAAAUUAUUAUAUUGUAUAUAGAACUGAGAGAAUUACUAUAUUAGUGAUUUAGAUUGUGUAAUUGCCUGAGAUCUCUCGUUGACGAGUGUUCGUUUUUAUCUAUCGUGACAUUCGGCAAUUUUUAUGUUUAUUAUUUGUAUAUAGGAGAGAAGAGAGAAAUUAUUAACGAUUCUGAGAUGUUGUACAUAGAGGCGAGGAGGAGAUCGAUAUGAAUAAAUGUUCAAAACCUUUUUUUAUAA